ACCCCCGUGACGUCACUCUGAUACGUUUUUCCUCUGAGUGACAUUGCGUCAUCGCGCGUCACGCAGCUCGAGUGCACAGAUUGCGUCAGCGCCUAGCGACGGUAGAGACGCGGCGCCAUGUCUUACCGAGAUCUGCGAAACUUCACGGAGAUGAUGCGGGCCCUGGGCUACCCGCGCCUCAUCUCAAUGGAGAACUUCCGCCAGCCCAACUUCCCGCUGGUGGCCGAGGUCCUCGCGUGGCUCGUGAAGAGGUACGAGCCACAGUCGGACAUUCCUGCAGACAUUGACACGGAGCAUGAUCGAGUGUUCUUCAUCAAGGCGGUGGCCGAGUUUAUGGCCACCAAGGCGCAUGUCAAGCUGAACACCAAGCGUCUAUACCAGGCUGACGGCUACGCGGUGAAGGAGCUGCUCAAGCUGACAAGCGUGCUCUACCACGCCUCGAAUGUACACGCCAGCCAGGGGGAUCUGCCCCAGGAGGAGCCCACAUUCUCCUUCCAGUUGGGCUCACGCAUCACGGAUUUCAAGUUGUCGCGGCAACUGGCGUCGGACAUCACGAGGAAGGGAGCUGCCCUCUAUGACCUCCUGGGCAGGGAGGUGGACCUGCGAGAUUUGCGGACGAGCGCCAUCGCACGACCCCUAGAGAUGGCCGAGACGGAGAAAACCUUGCGCGCUGCCAUCAAGGGGGUGGUGGACGAAGUGGAGAAGACAAAGCGCAUGUUGGAGAACGUGGCUUCUGACGAGGCCAACCUGGACUCUAAGAUUGAAAAACGCAGAGCAGAGCUGGAGAGGAGCCACAAGAGGCUUCAGACCCUGCACACCGUCAGGCCGGCGUUCAUGGAUGAGUACGAGGCCGUGGAAGCGGAGCUGCAGGUUAACUACACCGCGUUUGUGGAGAAGUUCCGCAACCUGGCAUUCCUGGAGCAGCAGCUGAACGAGCAGCGCCGUGCGGAGCAGGAAAAGUUUGAGGAGGCAGAGAACACUCUGAAGCUGAUGCAGAGUAAGCUGAAAGAGGAAGAGAAGCGGCUGCUGAAGCACCGUGGAGAAUUCUCAGACAAUGAGGAGGACUCGGAGCUGGACAUGGUUCCAGGAAAUGAGAGCGAGGAGAGCGAAGAGGAUGUCCGGCCCAACAAGCCACGUCUCGCCCUACGGAGCCAGAACCUACGGCCUGGAUAUGGCGCUUCGCUCGUGCGAGGAACCAUGCAGGGGGGAGACACAGAGGAUGAUGAGCCUUCCCUGUUCGCCGGCAGAAAGGUACUUCGGCCCAAGGAGGGCAGCGCCCAGGAUGACAGUGGCACCAUCAGCAACAGUGAAGAGGAUGAGGAAGACGAGGGAGAUGAAGAUGACGAUGAUGUUGAGGAUAUGGGUGGUAUUGCUGGUGUGGAGCACGGCCCCCUCCGCCCCCGUGGGCGUGGAGACCCCACACCUAGGAAACCUAAUCCUCUCCCUGAGAGCGACAAUGACUUCUGAUCCCCCUCAGAGAUCAGAUGCAGCUAGACACACGAACAAAUACAAUGUUGUCUGAACGACCACCACCAGCUGACCCUGUCACAGAAGGAUGACUAUCACGUGCUCAUCCUGUCACACCCACCAUCGCCCACCCAGGUUUGGCUUCCGAGUAGCGGUGUGACCAAACACUGUUUCAUCAAUUAAUAUCCAUUUUGAAGACCUAUGCAUUUAUUCAUAUGGUAAUUUAUGCUUUUAUAUUCACUUAAAUUAUAUGCUGUUACAUUUAAGCUGAUGAAACAAACAAAACUGUACAAACGACAGAAGAAAUAAAUUAAAAGUUGAAAAAUUUGGCCAAAAUUAAUCCCUUCUUGAAAUGAAUUGUGGCCCCGAAUCGCGAAAAUUAAGUCGCUGGGGUGUGGGUGAAUCAAUGUGCCCCUCAAUCGAAUGUUCCGACGAGCACUUAGCGACUGAAACUGUGUUGUAUUAUUUGCAUUGGACUCGCUGACUGAUACUGACUUGCCGAUGUAGCAGGAUGGCUUUAGACGAGCGUGUGGCUGUAACUUACGCUCCUGGUUUAUACAACUGUUUCACAUUUUUAUUUAAAAGUGAUCCGUAAUUCAUUAAGUGGUUGAAGCAAACCUUUUGUUAUGUAUCCCAAAUUUAGGCCUCAAAUUAACCAUUUGCCUAUUUGUCUUACAUAAUGAACAUUUAAUACUCAACAAUAGCAUUCUAUAAUAUUUUGCACAAGUCAGAAGGAUUGAUCAAAAAUGAAGUGUCAGGUGAAGCUGUGCACUACCAUUCUCGUACUGUAUAAGUUAAUUAAUUACAUAAAGUAGUGACGACCGCGAAAUCCAUCUUAAUCGUUUUUAUCUUCCAGGCCAGUGGUCGCAUGCGGCCCUUUAAGGACUGCUUCGUGACGCUUUAUUAAAGAGCGUCUCUUCGUAAUCGCAUGUAUUGCUUCUCUUUAAAAACUUUUUUUUACCGAAUUAGAAACAAAUGUCUCGUCUUGUUAUUUCGGCUGCCGACCCCAAUUCGAUGCAUUGGGAUUUGUUCCUUCCAAUUUACCUAAUCGACUGCUGUGAGAAAAGUUAUUUGACUUUGUACGAAUUGAUGCAGUAAUACAAGCUCUUGUAAGCCAAGAUCGAAAUAAGAUGAUAUAAAUACUGUAUUUACUCAACCCCGCCCCACGUCUUUCCGAGAAUGGAAUUCCCCUUGCCUGUGUAACCUUCAAUGUCUUCAAUGUUUCUCUGCCUCAGAUUCUUGGCUUCACCGCUCAGAUUAUUGGGUUUCGGUUUCUUUGUUUUUCUUCGAGUUUUCAGAAAAUAUUUCACUGCUUGAACCCUC